AUGGGGAAGGGCAACACAAGUCCGUCCAGGAGCUGCAGAACAGGGAAGAGUCUGGGCUCAAAGAUCGACGUGGGAAACCUGAGGCCCACGGACGACGGCUGGACAGGCGGGGGUCUCGGGGUCCAGCACCUUCCCCUCCGGCCUGGCCACGCCCUCCGCAGUGCCCAGGUCCCGGCUCCCCCAGGCCACGCGGCCACAGCACCUACACCCUCAGGGCAGUUUACAGAUCCCGCGCCGCCUUGGGUCCGAACCGCCAAGGUAAUCGCCACCAUCCUGGCUUUCCCUCCGGAUCUAGAGGGAAAUAGCGAAUUCUCGCCACCGCCGGCCCAGGAAGGGUGUUCGCUAGAUGCUGGAUGCUGGAUGCCGGAGGAGGCAGGCUGGCCGGUGAUUGGCUUUGCCCUUUCAGGGUCUUGCUGCACACUUCGGGCAGUCGUUGAUGCACUGGGCUCUGCCCUCUUCAGCCUCAUCCCAGGACCGACCUCUGACCCCUGCAUUCUUUUCUGGCAGCUAGAGCAGGCAGAGCAGGGACCUGGGCUGCUGGAGGAGCGUGGGCGCAUCCUGCUGAGCCUCAGCUACAGUUCUAGACGGCACGGGCUGCUGGUGGGCAUCGUUCGCUGUGCGCACCUGGCUGCCAUGGAUGUUAACGGCUACUCUGACCCUUAUGUGAAGACGUACUUGAGACCAGAUGUGGAUAAGAAAUCCAAGCAUAAAACAUGUGUGAAGAAGAAGACAUUAAACCCAGAAUUUAAUGAGGAAUUCUUCUAUGAGAUGGAACUCUCCACUCUGGCAACCAAGACCCUGGAAGUCACAGUCUGGGACUACGACAUUGGCAAAUCCAAUGACUUCAUAGGUGGUGUGUCUCUGGGGCCAGGAGCCCGGGGAGAGGCGCAGAAGCACUGGAGUGACUGUCUCCAUCAGCCGGACACAGCCCUGGAGCGCUGGCACACCCUGACCAGCGAGCUGCCCGGGGCUUUCCCCCUGGCCUGAGUAGAUAGCAGCUGUCCAGCACAGGCCCUUUGGGCCGGGUCCAGUACCCAACCUUCGCACGAGUGUGUUGCACGUUUACACGGGGUGGGAUGCCCCCUGCCCCACACUACCUGUCUUAUUUUUGUGAGUCUGUGACCGUGGGUCUGUCUUCCUGUGAGGGACUGUGGAGAGCUAUAUUCACAUAUGCAAACUUUCUCCUGCCUGACUUGCUGUUACCUGCAAAUAUGCAACCACCCCAUGCACAGGACCAUGUGGGAGUCUCCUGCCAGUGUCCUACCCCACCCUGCUACUCCUCUCUUGGCCUCUCCAGGCUGCCCGGGCGGGCGGCCCCCUGCUCCACAGGGAGGAGGUCGGAUUAGGGGAGAUUAGAAGAGGACAGUUCCAAAAGAGGAAAAGGACAAAGAAAGAGCCAACCCUUUAAUACAGAGCCUUUGUUACAAAGCCCCAGCCCUGCUCAGCUGCUCUUCUAAAGGAGUGGCCUCCACAGGGUGUCUGCCUCCAUAAGGUGUGGCAGAUCCUCUUGGCCACUCAUUUAAAUAACUGUCCCCUGGAUGGGGCUGGGAUGUGAGGGCAGGCCCCUGCCACCUUCCUCGGGGACAUUUGUGCAUGUUUACGCCUUUUCUGAUUGUGUCAGUGGCCGAAGCAUGGCAACUGGGCAUCAAUAAACAUCUCUUGAAGAA